GGAAUGUAGCGCUCAUGUGAUCUGUCACAUGACAGCAGAUCUGCAGAAAGGCAGAAUGGGACUCCGAGCCUGGCUCCUAUGGUUCCUUGCCCUCAUUCUCUCUGGCAAAUGCAGUUACAGCCCGGAGCCUGAUCAGCAAAGGACGAUACCCCCAGGCUGGGUGUCCCUGGGCCGAGCGGACCCUGAGGAAAAGCUGAGUCUCACCUUUGCCCUGAGACAACAGAACCUGGAGAGACUCUCGGAGCUGGUACAAGCUGUGUCGGAUCCCAGCUCUCCUCACUAUGGAAAAUACCUAACCCUAGAGGAUGUGGCUGAGCUGGUCCGGCCAUCCCCACUGACCCUCCUCACGGUCCAGAAAUGGCUCCUGGCAGCUGGAGUCUGGAGCUGCCAUUCAGUGACCACACAGGACUUUCUGACUUGUUGGCUGAGCGUCCGACAGGCAGAGUUGCUGCUCUCUGGAGCUGAGUUUCAUCAUUAUGUGGGAGGACCUGCGAAGACCCAUGUUGUAAGGUCCCCACAUUCCUACCAGCUCCCACAGGGCUUGGCACCCCAUGUGGACUUUGUGGGGGGACUGCACCGUUUUCCCCCAACAUCAUCCCUGAGGCAACGCCCUGAGCCACAGGUGGCAGGGCACAUGGGCCUGCAUCUGGGGGUGACCCCAUCCGUGAUCCGUGAGCGAUACAACUUGUCAGCCCAAGAUGUGGGCUCUGGCACCAGCAAUAACAGUCAGGCCUGUGCCCAGUUCCUGGAGCAGUAUUUCCAUGGAUCAGACCUGGCUGAGUUCAUGCAUCUUUUUGGUAGCAACUUUGCACACCAGGCAUCAGUAGCCCGUGUGAUUGGACAACAAGGCCGGGGCCGGGCCGGAAUUGAAGCCAGUCUAGAUGUGCAGUACCUGAUGAGUGCUGGUGCCAACAUUUCCACCUGGGUCUACAGUAGCCCUGGCCGGCAUGAGGGACAAGAGCCCUUCCUGCAGUGGCUCCUGCUGCUCAGUAAUGAGUCAGUCCUGCCACAUGUGCAUACUGUGAGCUAUGGUGACGACGAGGACUCCCUCAGCAGCACCUACAUCCAACGAGUCAACACUGAGUUCAUGAAGGCUGCCGCUAGGGGUCUCACCCUGCUCUUUGCCUCAGGUGACAGUGGAGCUGGAUGUUGGUCAACCUCUGGAAGACACAAGUUCCGUCCUAGCUUCCCUGCCUCCAGCCCCUAUGUCACCACAGUGGGAGGCACCUCCUUCCAGAAUCCUUUCCUCGUCACAAAUGAGAUUGUUGACUUUAUCAGUGGUGGUGGCUUCAGCAAUGUGUUCCCACGGCCUUCAUACCAGGAGGAAGCUGUAGCCCAGUUCCUGAGCUCUAGCCCCCACCUGCCACCAUCCAGUUACUACAAUGCCAGUGGUCGUGCCUAUCCAGAUGUGGCUGCACUUUCUGAUGGCUACUGGGUAGUCAGUAACAGUGUGCCCAUUCCAUGGGUGUCUGGAACCUCAGCUUCCACUCCAGUGUUUGGGGGGCUCCUCUCUUUGAUUAAUGAGCACAGAAUCCUCAGUGGCCGCCCCCCUCUUGGCUUUCUCAACCCAAGGCUCUACCAGCAGCAUGGGGAAGGACUCUUUGAUGUAACCCAUGGCUGCCAUGAGUCCUGUUUGAAUGAAGAGGUGGAAGGUCAGGGUUUCUGCUCUGGCCCUGGCUGGGAUCCUGUGACAGGCUGGGGAACGCCCAACUUCCCAGCUCUGCUGAAGAUACUACUCAACCCUUAACCUUGUGCUGCCAGAAGAGCUGGCCCGCCCCCUCCCUGCAGCUGGUGGUCCAGGCUCUUAUCUCCGCCCUGUUGGAAGCCCUGCUGAACCCUUAAUUGUUGACUGCUGCAGACAGCUUAUCUCCCUAACCCUGAAAUGCUGAGUUUGAUUUGACCUCAAACGCUGCCACGCUUCAUCCUACUCAGGUCUUCCUGUUUCUUCCUCAGGUUCCUAAACAAGAUGGUAUAACUAGCAUUUUGGGGCUGUCUCCUCCUCCCCGCUUUAUCUUCCUCUUCCCAGCCAGGCUUUUCCAAAGCAUUCUCUAUUUUACUUCAUAUUCACCCCUCAGUUCAUUGCAAUUACAUGGCUGCUUUCACCUUUUGCUUUUUCCUACCCUAACACCGAGAAACAACGGCCUCCAGUACACACUUCCCAAUCUUUGCUUUAUGGCGUUUCCAUCAUAGUUGCCCACUCCCUCUCCUUCUUUAGCUUCCAGGAUUCAACGUCUCUGACCACUCCUGUCUUUAUCCUUCAUGGACUUCUCUUUCUCUGCUUCCUCACGGAAUGCUGGUAUUCUUCAUUUCUCCGUCCUUUAUCUUUUGCUCUUCCCACUUUACUCACUGUCCCCUGGAACAAAUCAUUGGCAUCUACAACCAUCACCAUCUCACUAAAUUGAGAUUUUCUAUACAGUAGUGAUCGAUACCUCAAAUGUAAGAUGUGAGAUACUGAACACUUUAUCUUCCUCCUUUCCCACCCCAACUAUUCUAUUUAUUGUUUCUUCUUGGUAAAUGAUGCUAUGCUUCUUCUAGCUGAGCCAGAAACCUGUGUCAUCCUUGACUCUUACUUCCUUCACUUCUCCCUCAACCUUCAAUCAGCAAGUCCUACUGACUUUACCUCUUAAAUAUAUCUUUAUCAAUUCACAAGUCCCUCCAAUUAUAUUUCCUAACCAUAUCAAGAACUUAUUCAGUUCUCUCCAUCCCCACUGCUACUACAUUAGCUUAGAGCCAUAUGAUCUCCUGAAUUAUGAAGGUCCUUGAACAGUGUCCUUACUUCCUGCCAGUUCCUACACCAUCUUCCAGAGUAAAAUGCAAAUCCCAUCAGGGCAUUUUCUUGAUAAAAACUCUUCAAGGAUUUCAUCAUGGCUCACUAACCGUCCUUGCUAUUUGUUCCUGAAUAAGAAAUCCUUUUUCCUCUCCCCUCCCCAACCCUCAAGGAACUCUCACCAUUGCUCAAGCUGUUUUGUUCCUUUAACACCACCCUUGAUACGACUGCCUGGUUGAUUUAAGGGAUUCUUUUAAGACUCAGCUCAGAACGUUUUGUGAACGUUGAUUUGGGUAUGGCAGAAAAAUCGUGGAUUUUCUAAACCAAACCUGUUUUAACGUUGGUUCUGAUAUAGACUAGGAGAGAGCCUUGGGCAAGUAAGUUUAUCUCCCUGACCCUGUUUCCUUAUCUGUGAAAUGGGAAUAUCAAAACCUGCCUUUCAUAAUAAAUAAGUGGAAUAAUGCUGAUUGAGUGCCUGGUACUUAGAAGUGGGCAGAUGUUAAUUCCCUUCCUCCCUUGCACUAAUGGCCAUACAGUAUUGACGUUGCCAGUUUACUUGUUUGCCUCCUUCUCAAGACCGACUAGAAUCCUGCCCUUUGUAACUUUUUAUUCCCAGGUCCUAGCUCAGGAGUUGGCAAAUAAGAAUUAAAUAAAUGUCUGCUGAUUGAAAUUCU